UAAUACAAUAAGUACAUUGUUUAUUUUGUUAUUAAGUAACCGAUAAUAUGUCACGGAAUGGAGUUGAAAAUGAAAUCAAGGCUUCUGCUUUGGAACUUAUCGGAAACACGCCUAUCGUUGCCCUCGAGAGACUCUGGCCUGGUCCAGGUCGAAUUCUUGUGAAAUGUGAAUUCAUGAAUCCUGGAGCAUCUAUCAAGUGUCGUUCGUCACUUCAUAUGAUAGAAAAGGCUUGUGAGAAUGGAGAAUUAAAACUUGGUGUUCCCGUCCUUGAAGUAACAUCAGGUAACCAGGGGUGCGGUCUGGCAGUCGUAUGUGCAGUGCUUGGACAUCCAUUGACAGUUGCCAUGUCUAAGGGUAACAGCGCACAGCGAGCUAUACAUAUGGAAGCUCUCGGUGCCAAGUGCAUUAGAGUACCUCAAGUAGAAGGUUCUUACGGCAACGUGACCUUGGCCGAUGUAAAAGCAGCCGAAGCGGAGGGUUUAAGAUUAGUAGAACAAACAGGUGCAUAUUACGUUAAUCAAUUUAACAAUAACAUGAACGCAGAUGCCCAUUACUGUACAACUGGGCCUGAAAUCUGGAGACAAACUGGACAGCAUGUUGACGCAUUUAUAGCAACAGUUGGGACUGCUGGCACAUUUGCUGGAACUUCUAAAUACCUGAAGGAAAAAAAUCGUAAUAUUAAGUGUUUCGUUGUCGAACCAGCAGGUUCUGAGCCAAUUAAGGGUUGUCCUAUUACAAAACCAUUACACUUAUUACAAGGAUCCGGAUAUGGGUGUGUUCCUAAUUUAUUUAACUGAGAUACCGUUAGUAUUACGGAUGACGAAGCAAAACAUUAUAUGAAACUUAUUGGCGAGAAGGAAGGUUUAUAUGUAGGUUACACGAGUGGGGCUAAUGUGGCCGCGGCUGUUAAGCUGUUAGAGUCAGGAAAGUUGCCGAAGGAUGCAUGGGUCGUGACCCUUCUGAAUGAUAGCGGAUUAAAGUACACCCCAGUCCCUGAUGAGCUGACGUAAUAUAAAAUAUUUAUAACUAACGUAUCAAUUCACUCAGUUUGUAUAUUUAAUUAUUAAGAUAAAACGUUUAUACAUUUACCUACAUAGAGAUUUUUUUAUCUACCGCACUGUCUAAAAAUUUAAGAUUGAUUUUUUAAAGUUUUAAAUUAGCAUAAAUUAACAGUACUUUGUUAAAAAUUACAUUUAUAACACAUUUUUGAACUGCAUAUAACAGUAAGGAGAUGACCUUUAUAUAAAUGAUUAUACAUAGGUUAUAUAUAUAGAUAAUACGUAAAUGUUUUACUAUAAAUUCAAUGACACCGUAUAAUUUAUUUUAAACCAAUGAAAAUUUAGAAUACAAAGUUAAGUACUAAAAUGAUCAGUAUGAAUAUAAUAUAGAUUGUAUAUUACGUGAUAAUUGAUAAAUUAUUUUAGGUGUAAAAGACAUUUUUGAACAUAACAUACAUAUUUAUCAUUUUUUAUUUUAGCUGUAUGUUACAAGUGCUGUAUUUUCUAAAGUACCAAUAAUUAUGUACCAAUAUAAUAAUCGAACAAUAAAAUUAUUAUAAUAAUACAUUCUUUUUGUGUAAUAACUAUACUGGUGGUAGGGCUCUGUGCAAGCUCGUCUGGGUAGGUACUGGGUGGUAGGUUCUACCGCAAAACAGCAAUACUUGAUAUUGUUGUGUUCCAGUUUGAAGGGUGAGUGAGCCAGUGUAAUUACAGGCACAAUGGACAUAAAAUCAUAGUUCCCAAGGUUGGUGGCGCAUUGGCUAUGUAAGCGAUGGUUGACAUUUCUUACAAUGCCAAUGUCUAAGGGCAUUUGGUGACCACUUACCAUCAGGUGGCUCAUAUGCUCAUCCGCCUUCCUAUUCUAUAUAAAAAAAAAAAAAAAACUUUUAUUGUAGAUAAUAGAAGUAUUUUUAGUUUUAACUUUUAAAUACCUUUUAUUUGAAAUAUUAGUUUAUAUGCAUAUUUAUAUAAAAAAAGUCGUAACAACGUCACGUGGAAGCCGCUAUUAUGAAAAUAUGAAUGACAGUCAUUGACACCGAGGCCAAAAAAUGUUUUGAUUAAUACUUUUUAUUAAAGCAAAAUGUAACACCAGAAUCGACUUUAUUGAAAUAGACGGUAGGCUUAUAAGUUGUUAGUAUUUGGAAUGUUGUUGUUUGAUGUUAUCUUUUUUUUUUGUUUUAAUAUUGUUAUCUGUUAUCUAUGAAAUUAUUUCUCUACCUCCUAUUAUUGACCUACGGAGUCUUAUGUCUUGAUGAAGCUGCCAUUAUCAGCUAAUUCUUAAUAAAAACACAUUGUUAAAACUACUCAAUCUCAAAGAAGCUAAGAAGAAGAAAAGAACUAAACGGUUAUAAACGCAUCUGUGCAUUGGUUAAAAUAUAAUAAUGACGCAUAAAAAAACAUGCAAAAACAGAAGGAUGUUUCUGAUUUUAUUACAUUUUAUUGCAAAUGUCGAGUCGGCGAACUUAGAGAGCGCCGGCGACUAACGACUUUCGAAACUGUAAUUUAACGUCAUUGAUUUCACAACAGCCCAUUAAGGAUAUGUCCAUAUAGAAUUGGCAAAAAACAUCUGAUCUAUCCUGCAGUUGCAGCUGUUGCCAAUUACUAAAAAAUCUCCGCUUGUUAUGUGGGCGUUUUACACGAUUUUAUACGAUCGAAUGCCGUUUAAAAUUUUUGGUGAACAAUUCGAAUUCGUCCUAUUUCGUUUUUAUAACGCUCUAGGCGAGGAGUCGUGCAAAAAAAUCAAAUAAUCGGUUCGUUUGUUCCGCUAAUUACUGUGGACGAUUGGAUUUGGACGAGCCGUUCUUAGAAACAAGCUGUUGAACUCAAUUACUAUCAAUUUGACUGACACCAUACAACAUGCAUUAAGGAGAAUAAACAACACGCUAAUUGUGUUUUAUCUCAAUUGUAAUUAUUCGAUAACGACCUUAUAAGCAUUCUUCAAAACAAGAGAUGAUUUGUUUUAAUAAUAAAAGUUUUUUUUAUUUAUACUAAUAUUAAAUGUCUUUGUUUAUUAUACUGUUUACUUUUAACUUUAACCUUCUAAUGUGUCAGCUUUUGUUUAUCCUUUCGUUCGGUAUAUAUAAAAAACUCGUUUAAAGAUUUAGGUUGUGUAAUGUUAUUUAUAGCUUGAAAUGUCCUCAGUUGCGUUGUACAACUUAUGAAUAACUUACGGAGAUAUCGCUAGAAUCGAUGGUCAACUACUCUAUGCAAGAAUGCUAUAGUUUUAUAAAGCAAGUACUAAAGCAGGUAAAAAGAAAUAUUCUUAGGUUGUACAUGAAUAAAUGGGAGAAACGUUGAAUGGUAUAGAACAAUAUUUACCAUAAAGCCAAUCGUCCUAUGAUACACGGAGCCAUGUGCAAACAGUUCAGUUAAUGGGUAUUUUCCUUUUAUUUAUUUGCCAACCUUUAUUUGUUCGUUUAUUUGAGAUCGUGCCUCAAUCGCCUUCGAGGAAUUUAGCGAGUAUAACCCCAAAUAAAGAUGAGCACACAUAUCACUUAUAUAUUUAGAUAAUUGAUAUCAAGGGAACAAUUUAAGUUUGGAAUCUUGUAAUGAUGGGACAGUAUCAAUUUAAUACGUUAUGUAUAUGUAUUAUAACAUUAUACCGUCUCACAGAACACGCAACUAUGAAUUAGAAUUAUGUUAGUUGUAAUUUGCUAAUAUUUAAUAACGGCAUUUUUAAUCACAAAAGCAUGUGUACCUUUUUGUGUAAGAUAUUACCGUUUAGGUCGUCGUCUUUUUUAAAAAUAUUU